UCCGUCGAGCCGCUGCCUCUUUCGGCGAGGAGGGCGAGGGGGCGCCCCGGUGCGCGGCUCUGCGUUCCGCCGCUGCGCCCCCAUCUCGCCCUGCAGCUGAUGCCAAGGGAGGGGCGACGUGAUGGGCUUCCUGCACCAACUUUAUCUCCUGCUAUGGAAGAACGUGACGCUGAAGCGACGCAGCCCGUGGGUUCUGGCCUUCGAGAUCUUCAUCCCGCUGGUCCUUUUCUUCAUCCUGCUGGGGCUGAGGCAGAAGAAGCCCACCAUCGCUGUGAAGGAAGUCUCUUACUACACAGCAGCUCCGCUCACCUCGGCUGGGAUUUUGCCCGUCAUGCAGUCUCUGUGUCCUGACGGACAGCGCGAUGAGUUCGGGUUUUUGCAGUACUCCAAUUCCAUGGUGACCCAGCUGCUCGAGCGGCUGAACGAGGUGGUGGUGAAGAGCAACCUCUUUGACCCGGAUCGCGCCGGGCCCGAGGAGGAGCUGGAGUCUCUCCGGCGCCACCUGGAGUCUCUCGGCAGCAGCGGGCCCAGCGCUGUGGAGACCCACUUCACCUCCCAGGCAGCCCCAGGCUUUUCCCUCGACUCCGUCGCCAAGGACAAGCUGGAGCUUCAUCGCUUUCUCAUGCAGAACCUCUCUUUGUCCAACGAGACGGUGGAGCUCCUCACGGGCUCCAGCAUUAACCUGAAAGAGGUCUACUGGCUCGUCUUUGGCACGUCUCCCGGCUCGGCUGACAGCCGGGGCCCAGCGGGGAAGCGGCACCACCCGGAGAAAAGCUUCCUGGGCAGCUUGAAGAUGAUGGAAGAUGGGCUGGUCCGGCAAGCGUUGCGCCGCCCCCCCAAAGGCCCCCAGCAAAAGGCCAUCGUCCGUCUCUUCUCCCAAGCCUUGGGUCUCGCCAGCCCUGCGGCAGAACCCCCUGGCUCCUACAGCCCGCAGACCUUUGUGAAGGACGUGGAGAACAUCCUUUUCACCCCCCCUGUGCUGGAGAGCCUGACGUGUCGCCAGAGCCAGGACGAGCUAAGACGCAUCCUGAUCGUCCCGGACCACCAGCAGCCCCUCCUGCGCGCCUAUCGUGCUGCUGUCUGCAACCGGAGCGCCAGCCUGCGGGCCAGCUAUUUCAGGCAGUUGGCCAUGGAGAUGAAGGACCAGCUGGAAGCUCACAAGGUGGUUGAACAGCUGAAGCUGGACGAGGUGAACCACACGGCGGCCCAGAGCCGCCUCCACACCCUGCUGGAGGACUUGAUGGAGAUGGAGGAGGUGCUGAAGGACGUGGACAUACUCUCGGCCCUGGCCAAGCUUCUCCCCAAGGGGGCCUGUGCUGCAAAAGCACCCCCCACCGCUCCCAACAGCACCGGCUCCGCCGGGAACUUCACCUCCGGCACCAAUUCCAGCUCGGAGGAGGGCAGGGCCGAGAGCGAGCCGCCGGCCGAGGAUCCACAAGGACAGUGCUCCGCGUUCGUGCAGCUCUGGGCCGGCCUGCAGCCCAUCCUCUGUGGAAACAACCGGACAAUUGAACCCGAGGCGCUUCGGCAGGGGAACAUGAGCUCUUUGGGGUUCACCAGCAAAGAGCAGCGCAACCUGGGUCUCCUGGUGCAUCUCAUGACGAGCAACCCCAAGAUCCUGUAUGCGCCGGUUGGCACCGAGGUGGAUAAAGUCAUCUUGAAGGCCAACGAGACCUUUGCCUUUGUUGGGAAUGUGACGCGCUACGCCCAGGUUUGGCUGAACAUCUCUGCCGAGAUCCGCGGCUUCUUGGAGGAGGGCAAGCUGCAGCAGUGGGUCAGCUGGCUCCAGCAGAUGGCGGCUGACCUUCACAGGCACCCUGAGAUCCUGAACGUCUCAGACAGCAUCCUGUUCCACAACUUCAUGGAGAGUAAUUUCUCUUUGUCCAACACCAGCACGCUCCUGCAGCAGCUGGACACGAUCGACAACGCUGCCUGCGGCUGGAUCCAGUUCAUGUCCAAGGUCAGCGUGGACAUCUUCAAGGGCUUUCCGGACGAGGAGAGCAUCGUGAACUACACCCUGAACCAAGCCUACCACGACAAUGUCACCGUCUUUGCCAGUGUGAUCUUCCAAACCAACAAGGAUGGCAGCCUCCCACCUCACGUCAUGUACAAGAUCCGCCAAAAUUCCAGCUUCACGGAGAAGACCAACGAGAUCCGCCGGGCAUAUUGGAGGCCUGGACCAAACACCGGGGGCCGUUUCUACUUCCUUUAUGGCUUUGUCUGGAUCCAAGACAUGAUGGAGCGCGCCAUUAUCAACACCUUUGUCGGCCGCGAUGUGGUCGAGCCUGGCAAUUACGUGCAGAUGUUUCCGUACCCCUGUUACACCCGUGAUGAUUUCCUGUUUGUGAUUGAGCACAUGAUGCCUCUGUGCAUGGUCAUCUCCUGGGUGUACUCGGUCGCCAUGAUGAUCCAGCAUAUUGUUGCAGAGAAGGAGCACCACCUGAAAGAGGUGAUGAAGAUGAUGGGGCUGAAUAACGCGGUCCACUGGGUAGCAUGGUUCAUCACAGGCUUCGUCCAGCUGUCCAUCUCGGUCACAGCGCUGACCGCCAUUCUCAAGUACGGGAAGGUCCUUAUGCACAGCGACGUGGUCAUCAUCUGGCUCUUCCUGGCCAUCUACGCUGUGGCCACCAUCAUGUUCUGCUUCCUGGUCUCCGUGCUCUAUUCCAAGGCCAAGCUGGCCUCGGCGUGUGGCGGGAUCAUCUACUUCCUCAGCUACGUCCCCUACAUGUAUGUCGCCAUCCGGGAGGAAGUGGCCCACGACAAGAUCACCGCCUUUGAGAAGUGCAUUGCCUCCCUGAUGUCCACCACGGCCUUUGGGCUGGGCUCCAAGUACUUUGCCCUCUACGAAGUGGCGGGCGUGGGCAUCCAGUGGCACACCUUCAGCCAGUCCCCUGUGGAGGGGGAUGACUUCAACCUUCUCCUUUCCAUGAUGAUGUUGAUCAUCGAUGCCGUGGUCUACGGGGUGCUGACGUGGUAUAUCGAAGCCGUGCACCCAGGAACGUACGGGCUGCCCCGGCCUUGGUACUUUCCGCUGCAGAAGUCCUAUUGGCUGGGAAAUGGGCGCACCGAGGCCUGGGACUGGUCAUGGCCCUGGUCCCAGAUGACCCACCUAAGUGUCACAGAGGAGGACCAAGCAUGUGCCAUGGAGAACAGAAGGAUGGAGGAGAGCCGGGGCAUCGAGGAGGAGCCCACCCACCUGCCCCUGGUGGUCUGCGUGGACAAACUGACCAAGAUCUACAAGACCGACCAAAAGCUGGCUCUGGACAAGCUGAGCCUCAACCUUUACGAGAACCAGGUGGUGUCCUUUCUGGGUCACAACGGCGCCGGCAAGACGACCACCAUGUCCAUCCUGACAGGCCUUUUCCCCCCAACCUCUGGCUCCGCCACCAUUUACGGCCACGACAUCCGGACGGAAAUGGACGAGAUCCGGAAGAACCUGGGCAUGUGCCCUCAGCACAACGUCCUCUUUGACAAGCUGACCGUGGAGGAGCAUCUCUGGUUCUACUCGCAGCUGAAGGGCACCGCAGAAGAGGAGAUCUGCAAGGAGAUGGCCAAGAUGAUCGAGGACCUGGAGCUGACCCACAAGUGCCACUUCCUGGUGCAGAUGCUCUCUGGAGGGAUGAAGAGGAAGCUCUCGGUCGCCAUUGCCUUCGUGGGGGGCUCGCGGGCCGUCAUCCUGGACGAACCCACUGCUGGCGUUGACCCCUAUGCCCGCCGAGCUAUCUGGGACCUCAUCCUCAAGUAUAAACAAGGAAGGACCAUCCUCCUCUCGACGCACCACAUGGAUGAGGCUGACCUCCUGGGGGACCGAAUUGCCAUCAUCUCCCAUGGGAAACUGAAAUGCUGUGGCUCGCCGCUCUUCCUGAAAAGCACGUACGGGGACGGGUACAAGCUGACAGUGGUCAAGAAGCAGUCGGACUCCCGGACCAACACGGAGGCCGGGCUCCCCUGGAGCCCCCCUUGCCCCUCCGCCGUCAGCCCGUGCUCCGAAGAGCGAGUCACCCAGUUCAUCAAGAAGCACGUGGCUUCCUGCAUCCUCAUCUCCAACACCAACACGGAGCUCUCCUACAUCCUGCCCAGCGAGGCCGUCAAGAAGGGCUGCUUUGAACGGCUGUUCCAGCACCUGGAGCACAGCUUGGAUGAACUGGACCUCACCAGCUUUGGUCUGAUGGACACCACCCUCGAGGAGGUCUUCCUCAAGGUCUCAGAAGAAGAUCAGUCCCUCGAGAACAGCGAUGCUGACAUGAAGGAGUCCAAGAAAGACACUUUUGCACUGCCCAGUCCCUGCCUCGGCCCCAAGCCCGAAGCCAAUGGCCAGCCCGCCCUGAGGUCAGAAAGGCCGACGAACCCAGAGGGCAAUCUGGGGAACCUCCUAGCCUGCUCAGACCUGGCUCAGUCACGGGCGUCACUGCAGUCAUCCUCCUCGGCCGGCUCCAUACGCGGCGAGGAAGGCGGGCCUUACUCGGAGUUCUAUGGGGAAUACUCCCCCUUGCCCGAAAACCCACAGGACCCCGAUAACAGCAGUCUGCAGGACCAAGACGCUGAUCCGGAGGAGGCAGCCCUGGCCGGGCAAGGCAGCUGCAAGCGGGAGGGCUCUUGGCUGAAGCCGCGCCAGUUUCACGGGCUGAUCGUCAAGCGCUUCCAUUGUGCCAAGCGCAACAGCAAGGCGCUCUUCUCCCAGAUCCUGCUGCCGGCCUUCUUCGUCUGCGUCGCCAUGACGGUGGCCCUCUCUGUCCCAGAAAUAGGUGACCUGCCUCCCCUCAUCCUUUCGCCGUCUCAGUAUCACAAUUACACCCAGCCCAGAGGCAACUUCAUUCCGUACGCCAACGAGGAACGUGGCUACCACAAGCCAUCACCAGACGCCAGCCCCCAGCAGCUGGUGAGCACCUUCUACCUGCCCUCCGGCAUCGGGGCCACCUGUGUCCUCAAGUCGUCCUUCAACAGCACGUUGGACCAGCAGGUUCAGUCCCUGAACCUCAACAGCAACGAGUCCAAGAUGUUGGCUGCCAAGUACUUUGAUGCCAUGUGCCUGGACUCCUUCACCCAGGGCCUGCCCCUCUCCAACUUCGUGCCUCCCCCUCCAUCCCCAGCCCCCUCCGACUACCCCUUCUCCCUGGAUGAGGACUUGCUGCAGGCCUGGAAUUUCACCACCUUCCCACCCACCGUUAAAGAGACGGUCACCUCCACCCCAUCCCAGCCCAGUAUCAUCCACGAACCCAUCAAAUGUACCUGCUCCAUGCAGGGCACCGGCUUCUCCUGCCCCAGCGGGGUGGGGGGGCAUCCCCCCCAGAUGAAGGUGGUGACGGGGGACAUACUGGUGGACAUCACAGGGCGCAACGUCUCAGAGUAUCUGCUCUAUACAUCAGACCGCUUUCGGCUGCACAGGUAUGGCGCCAUGUCCUUUGGCAACAUCCAGAAGUCCAUCCCAGCCUCUUUUGGGACCACGGCGCCCCCGAUGGUCCGGAAAAUUGCUGUCCGCAGCACCGCCCAGGUGUACUACAACAACAAAGGUUACCACAGCAUGCCCACCUACCUCAACGCCCUCAACAAUGCAAUCCUCCGCGCCAACCUGCCCAGUAGCCGGGGCAACCGUGCAGCCUAUGGCAUCACCCUGACCAACCAUCCCAUGAACAAGACCAGCGCCAGCCUUUCUCUGGAUUACCUCCUCCAGGGCACUGACGUGGUCAUCGCCAUCUUCAUUAUCGUGGCCAUGUCCUUCGUGCCGGCCAGCUUCGUUGUCUUCCUGGUGGCCGAGAAGUCCACCAAAGCCAAACACCUCCAGUUUGUCAGCGGCUGCGACCCCGUCAUCUACUGGCUGGCCAACUACGUCUGGGACAUGCUCAACUAUCUGGUGCCAGCCACCUGCUGCAUCAUUAUCCUGUUCGUCUUCGACCUGCCGGCUUACACCUCUCCCACCAACUUCCCCGCGGUGGUCGCCCUCUUCCUGCUCUACGGGUGGUCCAUGACGCCCAUCAUGUACCCAGCUUCUUUCUGGUUCGACGUGCCCAGCUCGGCAUACGUCUUCCUCAUCGUCAUCAACCUCUUCAUUGGCAUCACAGCCACCGUGGCCACUUUCCUCCUGCAGCUCUUUGAACAUGACAAGGACCUGAAGAUGGUGAACAGCUACUUAAAAAGCUGCUUCUUGAUUUUCCCCAAUUACAACUUGGGUCACGGACUCAUGGAGAUGGCGUACAACGAAUACAUCAACGAAUACUACGCCAAGAUCGGGCAGUUUGACAAGAUUAAGUCUCCCUUUGAGUGGGACAUUGUGACUCGGGCCCUGGUGGCUAUGACUGUUGAAGGGUUCGUGGGCUUUUUCAUCACCAUCAUGUUCCAGUACAACUUUCUCCGAAAACCACAGCGCCUUCCCGUGUCCACCAAACCCAUCGAAGAUGACGUGGACGUGGCUGCCGAGCGGCAGCGAGUUCUGCGUGGGGACGCCGACAACGACAUGCUCAAGAUUGAGAACCUCACCAAGGUGUACAAGUCCCGCAAGAUUGGGCGCAUUCUGGCCGUGGACCGGCUGUGCGUGGGUGUCCGGCCAGGAGAGUGCUUCGGCUUGUUGGGCGUCAACGGGGCAGGGAAGACGACCACCUUCAAGAUGCUGACAGGGGACGAGACCACGACCAACGGCGAGGCCUUCAUCAAUGGGCACAGCAUCCUGAAGGAACUGCUGCAGGUCCAGCAGAGCCUGGGCUAUUGCCCGCAGUUCGACGCCCUCUUUGACGAGCUGACGGCACAGGAGCACCUGGAGCUGUACACGCGGCUGCGUGGCAUCCCUUGGAAGGAUGAGGAGCGGGUGGUUAAGUGGGCGCUGAAGAAGCUGGAGCUGAACAAGUGUGCCAACAAGCCUGCGAGCACCUUCAGUGGUGGCAACAAGAGGAAGCUGUCCACCGCCAUUGCGCUGAUCGGCUACCCAGCCUUCAUUUUCCUGGAUGAGCCAACCACGGGCAUGGACCCCAAGGCCAGGCGCUUCCUGUGGAACCUCAUCCUGGACAUCAUCAAGACGGGCCGCUCCGUGGUUCUGACCUCGCACAGCAUGGAGGAGUGCGAGGCCCUCUGCACGCGGCUGGCCAUCAUGGUGAACGGGCGCCUCAAGUGUCUGGGCAGCAUACAGCACCUCAAGAACCGGUUUGGGGACGGCUACAUGAUCACUGUACGGACCAAGUCCAGCCUGAACGUGAAGGAGGUGGCCCAGUUCUUCAGCCGGAACUUCCCAGAGGCCGUUCUCAAGGAGAGGCACCACACGAAGGUGCAGUAUCAGCUGAAGUCGGAGCACAUCUCGCUCGCUCAAGUCUUCAGCAAGAUGGAGCAGGUGGUGGCCGUCCUGGGCAUCGAGGAUUACUCCGUCAGCCAGACCACGCUGGACAACGUGUUCGUAAACUUUGCCAAAAAGCAGAGCGAUAACCUGGAGCAACAGGAGAGCCUCCUGCCCUGCUCGAUAGAGUCCCCUCUGCAGCGCCUCCUGAACCUGCUGCGGCCCCGCGGGGCCCCGACGGAGCUGCGGACCAUGGUGGUGGAGGAGCCCGAGGACUUGGAGACAGACGACGAGGGGCUGAUCAGCUUUGAGGAGGAGCGGGCGCAGCUCUCCUUCAACACUGAUACCCUCUGCUGAAGAUGGAGGGGACACAGCCCCCUCCCUUGGCUGUGCGACCACCAACCCCUUCCCGCUUCGUGGGUGCCGCCCUUGGCCUCUCCGUCGAGUGAGCGGGAGCUUCCCGGAGGCGGGGGCAAUGAGAGGAGGCAUCGCCCAGCCUUUGACCUGGGUGGGCCCCCGAGAGAGGAGCUGGCCGUGUGCAGUUGAGCAGAUGGCCAGGGCCAGAACGCCGCAUGCGAAGACUCGGGGAGGGGCGUUUGGGCAGAGGAGAGCUGCCUCCGAGCCCCACCUGAACCCUGCAGUUUUGGGCAUUAGUCCCCGGAGAGACUGCGUGCUGUUGCACCUCGCUGCCUUUUCUGUUUGGCCGCCCUGGAUCGGACUGCGGAGGGCACCGGCUGUGCUGCGGAGGAAGCCUCACGGGGCUCCAUCUGCCCUUCCCAAACGGGAGGCGCAAGAUGCCAGAGGGGGCCCAUCCUUCUGGAACAAGUCUCUGGAUCGCUUCGGGGGGGGGCUUGUCCAUCCCCCGCAGGGCGUCCCUGCGGGCAGGCCCCUCCCUCCCCCUGCCCUCAGCCCAGGGCCACGGUCCCGCUGCCCGUUCCGUGCGGGCUUGGAAGGCGCUGCGCCCCAGGCAUCCUGCUAAAAAGGAAACCGACCGACCGACCCACCCUAACCCCGGAAGCAGCCCGCGGGAGCGCACCUGGCCCCGUGAGCCUCGCUCUCCGUUUCCUCUAACCCAGCUUGGAGCUUUUUGCUAUGUUAAAGGUAACCUUCUUUCCGAUUCUGUCCUUUAAAGCAUUAAGUGACUCGACCGGACUGAAAGCUCCCAAAACGGCAGAGGCCUUCCGGAAGCUUUUCCACCGAACCUCCUCUGCUCGCGUCCUAAUUUGGCACGGCGUUAAUAGGAAGCCUCCAGUAGGAUACUGAGUUUAUCUUUCAGAAGCCCCCUGGCCAGGGACGGUCUCCAAGGAGGGCCUGGCAUCAGGUCUCCUGCUUCUAACCAUGGAGGCUCAAUUACGUGGUAACCAUGAAUAGCUGCCGGUGGGCCUGUACAGUUGCCUCUUCGCCCAGGCAGCCCAAAGUAGCUGGGAGAGCCUUCUCCAGCUUCUGGAGUCGCUCCAGAUGUGCGGGACUUCAACUCCUGAUGCCCCAGCCAGGUGGCUUAGGAAGAUGGGAGCUGUAGUCUAACCUGCCAGAUGGGGCUGCAGUUGGAGAGGGCAGGUCCGUGGUCCACCCGUCCUUUCUUGGUUGGGGAGUGGCACCACCCGCAGCAUUUGCCGUAUUCACCCACCCCCGGCUGAGUGCGCCUUGCACCACAGAAGCCACGAGACCAGCUGUGGCUUCCCAACGUUUUUAACCCCAGUCGAAGAGGGAGAGGUGCUGGAAGACCCUUUGGAGUCCGAGCAGGGCCUGGCUCCCUUCUCAGCUCGGCCACACAGGAACUGCAGAGCUUCUUAGCGCAGAACGAGUGUAAAUUGUAUUUUGAGAAAGAUGAAGAUUUUAGACAAAGACUGCAUUGGUUUAUUUUCUGCUUGGCAAGCACAAUGUUUUUUAUUCACUGGACAGCCAGGGAGGGGUGCGAAUGCGGGUAGGUACCCAAGCAGUGUGGGAAUCUGGUGGCGAGGAUGGGACUGUGCACGUUCCCCCAUCUCCCCUCCCCAAGCACAGCUGUCGGGCAGCUGGCCUUGGCCCGCCUCUCCCUGGUCCCCCCGUUAGGGAGCUGAAAGCAAAGGGGAGACAUCAGGCCGCCCGCAAACAAAAGCCCGCUAGGGAGGACUCUGUGCUGAGCUCGGCCGACGUCUGCUCUGCCUGCCCCCAGCCACUCUCUCGGCCCGACCCCUGGCGUGGGGGAUCCUGAGCCCCACCGGGGCGGCUUGCAAGGGGAGUGCCUGCGGUUGGCCUUUGCAAGGAGCCCGUACAUUGCUAGCAAAAGAACCGGAAAACCCAAUGUGAAAAAUAAUUAUUGUUUUAAUAAAAAGAUUAUGAUAACCUA